AUGGGGAAAUAUAGGAAGAGGUUCAAUGAGAAGGCAAGAACUGGUAUGCUUGCUAAGCAAGCGGCUUUGAAGAAAGCAAGGAAUAAGCAAUUCUAUAUUCAAGAUGAUGGAACAAAUACGGAAGUUGAGGAAAAGAAAGUACUUGAGACAUCCACGAAUCCGGAUUCAAAUGCUGAGAUACUUGCACCAGUUAGUGAGGAAGAGCGACUAGCAAGGAAAAGGGCAUUGGAAGAGAAUUUAUAUACUCAGAAUGCAAAAGAUGAGAAAUUGUCCAAAGCCAAGAAGAAGAGACUCGAUAAGUAUAUUGAGCACCAACUUAAAAGAGAGGAGAAGAAGGAGCUUUUGAAAAAAUUGGAGGAGACAAAAAUGGACACAUCAAAGCUCACAGGCUUGAAAGAUUUGGGGAAAGGAAAAUUGACCAAGAAGGAGCAGAUGUUAGAGGCUUUAGAGUUGGAAAAACAAGGUCGUGAAGAUGAAUACACGCGAGAAGUGUUGUAUGAGGAAAGAGUUAUCAAAGACGCCAGUGAUAAUGAAAACGAAAAUGGAAGCAUCAAAGAUGAAGCUCCCUCACUUGAUAUUAGCACACCACUGAGUUCUUUUGUAGAUAAUAGACCAUCCAAGUUUGGAGGAUCAGGAAUGGGAUUCGGAUUCAAGGACAUCCCUGUAAUCAAAAGGGAGCCUAUAAUCUCAAAGAAAAAAUAUAGUUGGAGGAAAAGAGUUCAAGAGGAAGAUAAAAAGAGGCUGAAACAAGAAGAUUUGGAUGAUUUCGCGUCAAGCUCGGAAGAUGCAACGCUGUCUGCUGAGGAAAGUGAAGGAGAAGAACAAUCUGAAAGUGAGGGGUCUGAAGCAGAAAAUGACAUACAUGGAGGGAAUACACAAAACAAUAGGACCAAUAAUGACGAGUUGAACUCUUCGGAGAAAAAUGAAAGUGAAGAACUGGAUCAAGACAACCAGGUCGAAGUUGAGGAAGUUGAUGGCGAUGGCGAUGGCGAUGGCGAUGGCGAUGGCGAUGACGAAGAAGGAGAGGAAGAAGAAGAAGAAGAUGAUGAUGAAUUUCCAACUAGACUCAUGCAAAAUAAACCUAGACACUCCAAAACUGCUACAUCAUUCAAGGACUGGGCUGAACAACAACUCCGACACGUUGAAGGCCGUGACAACAUCCCUCUCGUAGCAGAGGUGUCUGAAGAAGUCAAGAAAAAGUACUCAAAACGUUAUGUUAGGCCUGAAGAUGUUGAUCAUUUGUCUGAUGAAGAAGGUUACAUACCCAUUGAUCAAUACAUGAAUAGAGACGCCUUUGUGGUAGAUGUACAAAGAUCAGAUGAAGUUCAGCAGCAAAGAGUAUUGUUGCCGGUGUAUGCUGAGGAGCAUAGAAUCAUGGAAGCGAUAUACCAUCACGACUGUAUCAUACUUUGUGGUGAAACAGGUUCAGGUAAAACGACUCAGGUUCCCCAGUUUCUAUAUGAGGCUGGAUUUGGUAACCAUGGGAAUAAGCUAUAUCCAGGAAUGAUUGGGGUGACACAGCCAAGAAGGGUUGCAGCAGUGUCGAUGGCGGAGAGAGUCGGGAAUGAAUUGGGAAAUCAUAAGGGUAGAGUCGGUUAUCAAGUUCGAUUUGACACAUCGAUUAAAAAUGAAGGAACGGAAACAGGAACCGCACUCAAAUUCAUGACUGAUGGUGUUUUGUUAAGAGAGAUGAUGACAGACUUUCUUUUGACAAAGUAUUCUGCAAUAAUCAUUGAUGAAGCUCAUGAAAGAAAUAUCAACACUGAUAUUUUAAUUGGUAUGCUCACUAGAGUCAUAAAGUUGAGAAGGAGGUAUUUCAUUGAAAACAAAAGAAACGCGAAGCCGUUAAAGUUGAUAAUCAUGUCAGCUACUUUGCGAGUUACAGAUUUCUCGGAAAAUCCAGUGUUGUUCAAAACCCCACCUCCUAUAAUCAACGUCGAGGCAAGACAAUAUCCUGUAUCAGUGCAUUUUGACAAAAAGACAGACUUCAAUUACAUCGACGCGGCAUUCAACAAGGCGUGCAAGAUUCACCGCAAGCUUCCGCCUGGUGGAGUUUUGAUAUUCUUGACUGGUCAAAAUGAGAUCAAAACAUUGGUCAAGAGACUCAAGGACGAGUUUCCGAAGAAGAGAACCAAACAGAUUGAGGAUGAGGAGAUUUCAGAUGUAAGGGUCUCAGAAAAUGUUCAGCAAGAGGUUGAAGAUGUGGACUUUAGUGUGAAAAUAGAUGAUGAAAACACUUAUGAUGACUAUGAUGGCUCGGAUGGAGAGGAAGAAGGGUUUGAAGAAGCUCUGAAUGCUCUUGAAUCUGAGAUUGGCCCGCUUCAUGUAUUACCAUUGUACUCCCUUUUGCCCACCAAUCAACAAAUGCGAGUUUUUGAUGAGCCACCAAAAGGAAGUAGACUAUGCAUUGUUUCUACUAAUGUAGCAGAAACUUCCUUGACUAUACCAGGAAUACGCUACGUCAUUGAUUGUGGCAGGUCAAAAGAAAGAAAUUACAACAAGGAAAAUGGGGUGCAGUCAUUCGAUGUUAAUUGGAUCUCCAAAGCAUCCGCUGAUCAAAGGUCUGGUAGGGCUGGUAGAACUGGACCCGGCCAUUGCUACAGAUUGUUUUCAUCUGCUGUCUAUGAAGAGUUCUUCCCGCAGUUUAGUGUCCCUGAGAUACUUCGAACCCCUUUCGAGAGUAUAGUAUUGAGCAUGAAGAGUAUGGGUAUUGAUCAAAUUGUUAACUUCCCAUUUCCAACUCCCCCUGAUAGAACUGCUUUGGAAAAAGCUGAGGAGUUAUUGGUCAUUUUGGGUGCACUCGAUAAAGAGCUAAAGCAGAUAACAGAUUUGGGAAAGAAGAUGUCUUUAUUCCCGUUGAGUCCAAGGUUUGCAAAAAUACUCAUUAUUGGAAACCAGCAGGAGUGUUUAGAAUAUGUUGUUGCCAUUGUGUCGGCUUUAUCAGUUGGUGAUCCUUUCAUUCCGGAAAAUGAACUAGUAGGGAACAUGACAGAGGAGGAAAGAAAGAAUUUCAGAAGCAAGUUUUACCAAUCAAGAGCCUUGUUUUCGAAGUUGGACCCAUCAAGCGAAUGCAUGAUGUUGUUGUCUGCAGUUUGUGCUUUAGAUCAUAUUUCUAGUGAGCAGAAGGGUGAGUUCUUGUCCACGAAUUACCUAAGACAAAAAAUGAUGCAAGAGAUUCAAAAGCUUAGAAUACAAGUGGCCCUGAUCGUUGAAAGGUGUUUGAUUAGUAAAAAUGGCAGACAAUUAAGUCAAAAGAAGAAAUUAGAAGUACCCACCACCAAACAAGUAUCAGCAAUGAAGCAAAUGAUCGCUUCAGGAUUCAUCGACCACGUUGCAAUUAGAGGUGAUCUCAUCUCCUCUGAUGUCAAAAUUGCCAACAAAACCAAUAUCAGCAACAUUCCAUAUUGCCCUGUAUUUCCUAUUGGUCUGGAUCCGUUUGUCUACAUUCAUGCAAACUCAUUGAUGAGUAGAAGCGGUAAAUUACCUAGCCCUUACUUAGUUUACCAAAACCUCAGUUCAAAGUCGAAUUCGGCAGACGAAGAACCUUCCAAAAUACGAAUGACACCAUUGGUCAAUAUCAGUGGGAAGCAAUUGACAAGCAUUGCCAAAAGCUCAGGAUUGAUAACUUAUUCCAAGCCCUUGGGUCAUCCAUAUGCUCCAAAGAAUAUAACACCUACAAAGCGAGAAUGUUACGUAGUCCCCAGAUUUGGGGCUUUAGUAGGGAGCGGAGGUGUUGGUUGGGAUUUGCCAGCGAUCAAAGUGACACAAGAAAAACGUAAUGGAUCAUGGGUUAAUGUAUAG